CACACUGCUGAGGCCGCAGCUGCCUGUACUAUACAGUCUCCAGCAGCAGUACACACAGAGGCUGGGACAGGAAGAGGUGGUGUGAGCCUCCAGUGUGUAUCUGUCUCCGGGGGUACGAGGCAUCUGUCUGUACUAGGGGCACAGCAUGGCGGCAAAGGCGAAAGUUUUGUAUGAAUUUGUCGCUGAACCUGGUAAUAAUGAGCUGACCGUGAAAGAAGGGGAAACUCUCACAAUAACCAACAAGGAUGUUGGCGGGGGAUGGAUAGAAGCAAAGAACAGUCAAGGUCAAAGAGGCCUUGUUCCUACAGAUUAUGUUGAGUUGAUGUCCGAUGGUGCUGCUGGUAGCAAUGCGUCUGCGGAUUUGGCAUUUUUGGAUUCCCUCUCUGCAAUCACUGCUCAGAAUGCGACAGCUAACAAUGGUGAACAGGCAAAAAAUGACCCCUGGUCAAGCUGGAAUGCACCUAAGCCUGCUGUGACAGAUAGUUCAGGUGAUGCUUGGAGUACGAAUCAGAAAAAUUCAACGUCAAACAACUGGGAUGCUGCAUUUGGUCAUCCACAGGCUUACCAAGGCCCAGCUGUUGAUGAUGAUGAGUGGGAUGAUGACUGGGAUGACCCAAAAUCCUCUCCGCCUGGAUACCUUGGCUAUAAAGAUUCAGAGACCUCUGAGCCAGGUGCACCUCAGAGGGGUACUGGGAGACCAGCUUCCAUGAAGAUACCUCUUAACAAAUUUCCUGGUUUUGGAAAAUCUGGAGUUGAACAGUAUCUGUUAUCCAAACAAACAACAAAAACCAAAGAAAAAAUCCCUAUUAUCAUUGGCGAUUAUGGGCCAAUGUGGGUCUACCCAACCUCAACAUUUGACUGCAUUGUAGCUGAUCCCCGUAAGGGAACCAAAAUGUAUGGUCUGAAGAGUUAUAUAGAAUACCAGCUGACAACAACAAACACAAACCGAUCAGUAAACCACAGAUAUAAGCACUUCGACUGGCUCUAUGAACGUCUCCUGGUGAAGUUUGGCUUAGCUAUUCCCAUCCCUUCUCUUCCUGACAAACAAGUUACAGGCCGUUUUGAAGAAGAGUUUAUAAAGAUGCGUAUGGAGAGAUUACAGGGUUGGAUGUCUCGAAUGUGUCGCCAUCCUGUUGUAUCAGAGAGUGAUGUUUUCCAGCAGUUCCUUAACUUUCGGGAUGAGAAGGAGUGGAAGACUGGGAAGAGGAAAGCAGAGAAAGACGAAAUUGUCGGCAGUAUGAUCUUCUUCACAGUGGAACCAGAAGCACCUGAUCUGGACAUCAUUGAAGUAGAACAGAAGUGUGAAGCAGUCAGCAGGUUCACUAAAGCAAUGGACGAUGGAGUGAAGGAUUUGCUCACUGUGGGCCAGGAGCACUGGAAGCGAUGCACAGGACCAUUACCCAAGGAAUAUCAGAAGAUUGGAAAAGCUUUACAGAAUUUGUCACAAGUUUUUGGCACCAGUGGCUAUCUAGGUGAAACUGAUUUAAACAGCGCUAUCACAGAAGCGGGGAAGACAUAUGAAGCAAUAGCCAACCUGGUGGAAGAGCAGCCAAAGAAAGAUCUGCAUUACCUGAUGGAAACCAAUACGGAGUACAAAGGUUUCCUGAGCUGCUUUCCAGAUAUUAUCUCUGCCCACAAGGCAGCAAUUGACAAAGUUAAAGAAAGUGAUAAAUUGGUGGCUACCAGUAAAAUUACACAACAGGAUAAGUCAAACAUGGCGAAGCGAGUAAGCACAAUGUCAUUUGCACUUCAAGCUGAAAUGAAUCACUUUCACUCCAAUCGAAUUUAUGAUUACAACAGCGUCAUUCGCCUGUACCUGGAACAGCAGAUACAGUUUUAUGAAACGAUUGCUGAGAAGCUAAGAGAAGCACUUGGCCGUUUCCCUGUAAUGUAAGAAAUACAAAGAUUAAAUCUGAAGGAUAAUUGGAAGUGCCUUCCUAUGUAUGAUUAGUGGACAUUGCAAAAAAAAGCCUUUUGAACAUUGCACCCAGAAGGAAAAGCAAGGAUCUGCGCAUCUGCAGAUGCAGUGUUUACAGUAACGAAGAUGUUCAAGUUAAAAUGAGUUAUCUUUCCCAGAAAGUCUGCUUUUUCCACUGCACUUAAAUAUCACAAAUUAUUAAAUGCAUGUUCACUUUCAUGUAAAGCAGAUCCUACGUAACAUCAUGCUCUUUCGCUUUUCAUCCUGUUUACUGUAAGUGGGCCGAGCAACAGAGUUGCUGUUGAACUUUCCAUGGAACCUAUAAUGAGAAGAGCCUCAGGUCCCCUUUGGUACCUGACUUACCAAUGGCCAUCACAGUUGUCUGUUUGAUUGGACCCUUAUUCUGUCUUUCAAUUUAAUCUUUGUUCUGAACUUUAAUUCAUGGGAUUGAAAAGCGCUAUGUUUGCUAACACUAAGUGCGAUUGAAGACAAAACAUUUCUAUAAGAACACCAAUUAAUGAUAUCUAGCUGUGCAAUCUACAUAUGAUAAACCACAACAUUGUUAUUACUCAGCCUUGUUGCAAUUGCAUUUUUUUUUCUUAUGUUAACUUUAAUUAAACUUGGUUGUGCAACUCAGGUAAAAAAAAUCUUCUAAUACAAA